AUGGGUAGGGGUGGGGGACACAGGUCUGAGGCAGGUGGGGGUGGGGAACACUGGUCUGGGACAGGUGGUGGGGGGGAUGCCGGUCCGGGGUGGGUUGUGGGGAGAGGGGCUGGUCGGGGACAUGUAGGGUGUAUCCCCUGGGGUCUGAGGGGUCUGUGCCGUGUGCCCCUGGUACAGGGGCGGCGGAUCUGCCCGUUGUGGAGAUGGCUGCUGUUCACCCUGACGUGCCUCGUCUACACGGCCGCCACCCAGAGCCCGCAUCGCCACAGCCAGAGUGAGACCCUGUGCGGCGGGGAGCUGGUCGACACACUCCAGUUCGUCUGUGGAGACCGAGGCUUCUACUUCGGGCGGUCUCCGAGUCGGACCAAUCGCCGGUCGAAGAAGGGCAUCGUGGAGGAGUGUUGCUUCAGCAGCUGCGACCUGGCGCUGCUCGAGACCUACUGCGCCACCCCUGCCAAGUCCGAGCGCGACGUCUCCGUCUCGUCCACUACGGACUACCAAAAGUCAUCCAGCACAAAGUUCUUCCGUGACGAGUCAUGGCAGAAGUCGGCCCACCGUCUUCGACGAGGGGCCCCGGCCCAGGCCCGGCUCCGCCGCUUCCGGCCCCUGGCGGACCCCCGGCACGGCUCCCAGCUCUUCCGGCCCCUCGGCCCCCUCCCCGGCGAACAGCCCCUCUUCGCCCAAGCCUCCUCAGAGACGCUGCAACGCCGAGAGUGAACGGGUGUCUACCGGACGCUCCCCGGAGACCAGUCCGGUGGUCUUCCUUCUCCUGGUCCCCCCCUUCUCCCUGCACCGGGUCUCCCCUUCCCCCCGCCCCUCCUCCCCCGCCCACAGAGACCGAAAAGCGGGGCGUGGGUGGUGGGCACCGACCUCUACCUAGGGUCCCCUCAACCCACCCUCCGUCGGGGAGGGGCAGGGGCCCCCUUUGGCCACGUUAGCGAGGGGCAUCGCUGGGGUAUGUAUUACCCCGAUCCGCCUUUCCGAUCUGCCCUGUGGAUGAAACACGCUUCCUGCAGCCGGCUUCCCCCACCCCGCCCCGUCCUUCCCGCGGAGACAGUGGAGGGGGAGAGGAGAGGGCCGCGGAGACGGAGGGAGAUGUUUGGAUUUCUACUUCUUCCAGGGCGGAAGUGCUCCUCUCUGAGGUUUCUAUAUAGAUCUCCUACAUCUAUAUACUGCCUCCAGUCUCACCCCUACUUGAUCGAUGCCCUCUUAUAUCAUAUAUAUAUGUAUACGUAGAUACAUAUAUAUGUAUAUAUAUAUAAUUUUUUAAAUAACCCCCAGAUUCUUUGCACCUUUUUAUAUCACUGAGAAAACAAAUGCUGGAUAAUUGUGUGUUUCGCUUAAUUACAAGUUUCCAAAUCUA